AUGCUCUAUUUCGAUGAGAAUGAUGAAGGUCGUAUACAAGCUGAAACGAUGGACAUUGUUGUGGCACUUAUUUGUGAAAUUCCAUCACGAAGCCAAAAUUAUAUACGAAUGAAAGAACAAGUUGACCGUUUAAUCCAUCGGCACGAAAUUUUAUUUACUGGUAUGCUACGUAAACUUGAUUCCCUAUCGAAUAAAGUUAAUAAAUACGAAAAAAAUCGUCAAGAUAUUAUUGAUGACUUGCUAUGUGGUGAUUUAACAACAAUAUUUAAUCAUCUAAUUCAAAAUAAUAAUGUCAGCUGGGGAAAAAUUAUUACUAUUUUAGCAUUUAGCACAUUUAUUGCUAGAAAACACAGUGAAAUAUCAGAUCGGAUUGCAUGCGUUACUGGACAGUAUAUUAAUCAACGAUUAACAAGCUGGAUUAAAGAUCAUGGAGGAUGGGAAAGUAUGGCUUUUAUGGAUUCAACUUAUGAUAUUGAUCGUUUAAACAAAAUGUUUAUUGUUUCUGCGACCUGUAUUUCUCUUAGUUUGAUUGGCUUAUUUCUUUUCUUGCGCUAA